AUGCCACUACCCAACACACGCGCACCCGUCCUCCUCCUCCGCGCCCCAAACGGUUCUCCAGACCCCUACGAAGCAGCACUCACCGAAUCCGGCUAUCGUCCGUUCUCGGUCCCUGUGCUCGAAACUGUGCUUGUCAAUGGUGAGGAGCUCAGGGGGAUCUUGAAGGAUGGACCAAGUGGAGGCAAUGGUGGUGACAAAGAGGGGGAGAGGAGAGGAGGGUACGGAGGUGUCAUCGUGACGAGCUCGAGGGCGGCGGAGGCUUGGGGGAAGGCCGUCGAGGAGAUCGCGAAUGAGGUGGGCAGUGAGAGUGAGAUCGGUGCAUCAGCAGCCCCCUCAUGGGCCACAACGCCCUUCUACGCCGUCGGCCCCUCCACAGCCUUCGCCCUCUCCUCCAUCUCCUCCUCUCACCCCUCCCCCACCACCAUCGCCCACCUCUGUCCCACCGACAUCCGAGGGGCCUACGAAUCCGGCACCGCAGAGAAACUAGCGCAUUUCAUACUCCACGACAUCCCCGAGUCCAAACGGCAACAUGGCAAGAGACUACUGUAUUUGACGGGCGACAAGAAUAGGGAGACGUUGCCUGAGAUAUUGAGAGAGGGAGGGUUGGGAUUGGGGAGUUGUAAGGUCUAUGAGACGAGGGGGUCGAGUCGGUUCGAGAAGGAGUUGGGGGAGGUGGUUAGGGGCGUUGAUGUCGAACCAGAUAAACCAUGGUGGAUAACAUACUUCGCGCCCUCCGCCGCAGCCUACGUAACACCGUCCAUCCGCUCCCUUUUUUCCCUCCCUUCUACCACCACCACUUCUUCUUCCUCAUCUUCCUUGACCUCGCCCCCUGCACCAUCAUCAUCUCCACCAGCCCCCACCCCGAAAUGCACAGCACGAAUAGCCGCGAUCGGACCCACGACCGCCGAUUUCCUAAGAGAAGAACUGAAACUAGAAGUCGAGGUCGUGCCACACAAACCUGGGGCUGCGACGCUGUGUAAGGCGAUAGCGCAGGCGGAGGGAGAGGGCCCUGGGGAUGCGUGAGCGUUUUAUUCUAUUCUAUUUGGGAUACGUAUUAUUGGGGAAUUAUGCGGACGAUUGAUUUAUUGUGGGGUAUAUGUCGUGAUAUAGGGGUUAGGACUAGGGGUUGGAUUGGAGGUGGGUGGGUAAGUCUGUCUGUCGGCGGGAUGAGGAUGGUUGAGCGUGGACAUGGGACGGAGAGCUAGUAGUAGUACGGAUGUUAGAGUGGUUCUAAGUAUUCACGACCGUGGCUUGACAUCGAAUACACGCUAUUUUGC